AUGCGCAAUGGGCGAAACCACAUGUUGCAACCUCCGCGUCCAAAGAUCAGCUGGAUGUUCGUGAUUUGGAGGAGCCGCGACAACAUCUGGAAUGGCAACUGGGCUGCGGUACCUGGGCAAGGUCGUCAUAGUAACGGGGGGCACCCGGGGUAUUGGCGAAGGCAUCGUGAGAGAAUUUGUUCGCCAUGGAGCCAAAGUAGUCUUCUGUGCCCCAGGAUCUGAAGGGGAAAGGGGAAAAGUUAUUGAAAAGGAGCUGAAUGAUUCUGCAGGGCCUGGGGAAGGUCGCUUUGAGGUCUGCGAUGUCCUCCGUGAAACAGACAUUAAGACUUUGGUUUCUGUGACCGUAGAACUUUACGGACAGCUUGACUGCCUGGUGAACAAUGCUGGAAGCCAUCCUCCUGACCAAACAAUAGACGACGUGUCUGCACAGGAGUUUCGCAGCCUCAUGGACCUCAAUGUGGUGAGCUGCUUCUUAGCUGCUAAGACCGCCUUGCCUCACCUCCGCAAAACGAAAGGGAACAUCAUCAACAUUGCCAGCCUUGUUGGUCUCAUCGGACAGAAGUAUGCGGUGCCAUAUGUUGCAACCAAGGGUGCUGUUACAGCAAUGACAAAAGCAAUGGCCAUUGACGAGAGCAAAUAUGGCGUCCGAGUCAACAGCAUCUCACCUGGCAAUAUCUGGACUCCUAUGUGGGAGAAGCUUGCAAGCCAGACAGUUGACCCAAAAGCAACGAUCCAGGAAGGCAUAGAUGCUCAGCUUUUGGGGCGGAUGGGGACCCCAGCGGAGUGUGCGGCAGCUGCUCUGUACCUGGCCUCUGAGGCCACCUUCUGCACGGGCAUCAACCUGGUGCUUAGUGGUGGAGCUGAACUUGGAUACGCACAGAAGAGCCACAGAGAGCUGAAUCCUGGCUCGGAAGACUAGUUGGGAGUCAGCAAGAUGACUUCAGUGGUUAGUUGAUAAGGUGGGCUGAUCAGAACAGCUGCAGCUCCAGUGUUGAUUUUACUCAAGCCAUCCUUUCAAAAAGACAGAACGUCCGCAGGAUAGCGACUACGUUUUUAUCUGUCGUAGCCAAAACA